AAAAUAGAAAUAAUAAUGAAGAGUUGUACUUUCAGCUGUGGAACAUCAAAUCAAACACCCUCCCUUCCCAAUUCUCUAAUGAUUUUGAUUUUGAUUUGAUUUGAUUUUCCCAGUUCCGUACACUUCUCCGUCUCUAUCUGUCUCUCUUUCUCUUUCUUCAAUCCUUUGUAUCCAAUUGCCGUUUUCCCUUUCUCCUCUAUUACAAUUAGAGCUCCCUUCGGUCUAAGACACCAUGCUCUCUUUGCUUCCUGAUCUUUGAACCCUCUUUUAUUUUCACAAUCUUCAACACUUCUUUCCAUUUCCAAUCUGGGUUUUGCCUUUUUUCUCUGGGAAUUCAGUUUUUUUUUCUUUGGUUCUGUAAAGCGUUGAAAAAGGGUGUAAAAAUCGGAGAUUUUUGAAGCUAAAACUGAUGGCGAACCCACCGGGGACCCAUCAACAAGAAGCGAACCACGCGUCAUCUUCCUUCAAUGGAGCACAUUUGAACAACGGGAAUCCUAUGCACGAGACCUUGGGUUCGGGUAUGAAGCAUAACCCGGAUAUUUCCUUAGAUUGGACCUUGGAAGAGCAAGCUAUACUCGAAGACGGGUUAAAAAAAUAUGCAUCAGAACCGAGCAUAACUCGUUAUGCGAAGAUAGCCAUGCAGUUACAAAAUAAGACAGUCCGGGAUGUGGCUUUGCGUUGCAGAUGGAUGACUAAAAAGGAAAAUAGCAAGAGAAGGAAGGAAGAACACAUUUUAGUCAGGAAAAUUAGAGACAAAAAGGAAAGAAUUGCUGACCCUCCUGCAAAGCCUACUCAUUUUGCAACUCGACCUAAUCCUUCUCCGUAUGCACCCCCAAUGAUUCCUAUGGACUAUGAUGAUGGUAUUCCUUACAGAGCCAUUGGUGGUGCAACAGGAGAACUUCUGGAGCAGAAUGCUCAAGCCUUCAAUCAAAUAUCUGCAAAUCUUUCAUCUUUUCAGUUUGCAUUCCAGGUUCUCGAUGCUCCUAUGUAUUUGUUUUGUGCAGAUGACUGGUAUCAGAUACAGGAAAAUAUUGGUCUCCUCUGUCAAACUCGUGACAAUAUUCUCAAAAUCAUGAAUAGCUUGAAUAACAUGCCACAUAUAAUGAAGCAGAUGCCAGCACUUCCGGUGAGAGUGAACGACGAGCUAGCCAACACUAUCCUUCCCCCUCCACCUCAUCUUAUGCUAUCAUGAUCCUUUCUCGGACUCAUCAAGUCUCCUGAUUAGUUUCCGAUAACAAAGCACGGUAUGUGAUUGUGCUGAAUGAGAAAAUAACUGCCGAUGAUGUUGACUCGCCUUGACUGCUAGAAUAAAUUCUCUUCCCUCCAUUCCUUGUAUAUAGAAAGCUUAGCAGUUUCUUGGUUCCUUUUUGUUUCUGUACUCAAUUCUUAGGUAGUUCAUGCAGCAAAGGUGAUUUAGGGGUUGUACAGGGGAUUUAUACAAGGAAAAUAUGAUAGUAAUUUCAACUCAA